AUGUCCGAUUCAAAUCAGAAAGCUGGGUGCUCUUCUGGUCUGAAUUAUCUACCACUGGGACCUCUGAAUGGAGAAGUAGGAGGAAGUGUAACAUUCACAACAACAGUCAACCCAACAGGACCAGAAUUAGCAGCAAUAACCUGGUCUUUUAAUAAAGGCUCUGGACCUGUAAGUGUAAUUGCCUUUCUCCCUACUGCCACUAAACCAGGGCCUGGGUACGUGGGCAGAGUGAGUCUGAACAAUGUCACUGGUUUUCUGGAGCUCAGAGAGCUGACACUGGGAGACUCGGGAGAUUAUUCUGUGACCCUGACAACAAGUAACGCUCAAUCACUGCAAGGGAAAACUAGACUGGAAGUGUACGAGAAGAUAUCCGGUGUCAAGACCACAGUUCCCACUGGAGUGCUGAUAACAGAUGGACCAGAGGACGUUUUCAUACAGGGACACAGAGAGAUAGAAGUGGGCAACAGAGUGGUGCUGACCUGUUCUGCAUCAUCAAUAUCUCCUGCAACAUUCACCUGGACCUUUAAUGGGAAAGAGACUGGUGUCCUAACAGAGGAGUACACUAUUGCGAAUGCCACCAUUGAUCACGAGAAGAUAUCCGGUGUCAAGACCACAGUUCCCACUGGAGUGCUGAUAGCAGAGAAGAUAUCCGAUGUGAACAUCACAGGUCCCACAGGAGUCCUGAUAGCAGGUAACGGCUCUGCCAACCUGAGCUGUCAGGCAGCUGCUGGAACCCUCAUCUCCAGGAAGUGGCUGAAGGAUGGAAACUCACUGUCUCCUAGCAACAGAAUCACCGUCUCCGGUGACAACAGCUCUGUGUCCAUAGACCCUGUACAAGGCUCGGAUAAUGGGCACUACCAAUGCAGACUUACCAACCCUGUGAGCACAGACACUGUCAGCUACUACCUAACUGUCAACUAUGGACCAGAGGAUGUUGUCAUACAGAGACACAGAGAGAUAGAAGUGGGCAACACAGUGGUUCUGAUCUGUUCUGCAUCAUCAGUACCUCCUGCAACAUUCACCUGGACCUUUAAUGGGACAGAGACUGGUGUCCUAACAGAGGAGUACACUAUUGCAAAUGCCUUAAUUGAUUACAGUGGGACUUACACCUGUCUGGCUAGGAAUUCUGUGACUGGUUUAAAUAUUUCCUCCGCUCCACAUCUGUUGACUGUUACAGUACCCGCCCCAUUAGGGGCAAUACUUGGGGGUACGUUUGGCGCUCUGGCAUGUGUAGCACUGGCUGGAGGGGCUUUUGUCUGCAUGAAGAAGAAAAAGAGGAGGGACAUCCCAUGCAACCAAGAUGCACAGGCUGUUGUGUAUGAAAAUACCAAAGAGUUGGGUGGACCCGUUGUGUAUGAAAACCUGGCUGAGGGCUCAAUUGAUCCCAGGUCUGUAGCUUCAGAAAACAGAGAUGAUUAUCAGGAAUUGCAAUUCAAAGAUAGUGCUACCUACUGCACCAUGAAGAGUCAUUGAAGAAUGGCAGGGCAGACCUGUGUAGGGCUUGGUAUCAUUUGGAUUUCAGCAAUUCCGGUUCUGGUUCUUCUUAUUCGUUCUGAUUCUUAAUGGUUACAGGGUUCCGAUUCCAAUAUGGUUAAACAAAUACUACCACUCCUAAAAUCUGAUUGGCCACCCCAGUGCCACCCCGAACAUAGUCCAUCUGCAUUUACCAAGACACCGUUUUUACCAAGACACGUCUUUCCCGUUUUUCUAGCUUCCAAAUGUGCAUCAAAAGUGCACCUGUCAGGAGCAGCACGAUUUGAGCGUUAUUGCCUGUUUUGUCAGUCAAUCGGUUUAUAAUUGUCUUAUGAUAACAAUAUAUGAUGUCAUGUAUGAUAUACUAUUCAAUUCAGAUUAGUCAUAAUUGGUGCAAUUUUGGGGCUCUUCAGUGGGCUGUGUGCUAAAAUAGCCAGUGACAGGCAUUUGUCAUCGUUAAAUGUCAUCCUGUACAUUGCCUUAUCGGUAGCCUAUAGCCUCUUCAUUUAUGUUUAGAUUUAGUAG